AUGAACUGCCGACAGAUCUCACCAAUUGGUGUCGAAUACAGACAGUCCUUGCGAGGUCCAAGCACCGACCCUUGUGGAACACCAAAUCCAAGGAUUUUAUCAUCGGAUGUGGCUGAUCCUAUCCAUUUGCUGUUCAAUGUUCUCCCUAUCCUGGUGGACAUCUCCAUUGCCAUCGUCUUCUUCGUCUCAGCGUUCAACUACCUGUUCGGUCUUAUUGUUUUCUUCAGCAUUGUCACAUAUAUGGCUUUAUCAAUGAUAAUAACGGAGUGGAGAACAAAGUACAGGAGGGAUAUGAACCGACUUGACAAUGAAAAGAACGCAAAGGCAGUAGAUGCUUUACUCAAUUUUGAAACAGUGAAGUAUUACGGUGCGGCUGACUUUGAGAAGGGACAAUACAUGGAAGCAAUAAAUAAGUACCAGAAAGCUGAGUUUGUGAGCAUACUAUCACUCCAUCUACUGAACCUGGUACAAAACAUAGUGAUAGCAUGUGGAAUGGUGACGGGGACACUACUCUGCGGCUGGGGAGUCGUCUACGGCCUCAAGGGUCUACAUCUAACUGUAGGGGAUUAUGUACUGUUUGGAACCUAUAUAAAUCAACUCUAUGGGCCCAUUCAUUGGUUAGGCAAUUAUUACAGAAUGAUACAGGCGGCCUUUAUAGACAUGGAGAACAUGUUUGAUCUGUUUGGAGUGACACAAGAGGUGAAGGACAUCGAAGGUGCACAACCGCUAGAAAUCACUAAUGGGGAGAUAGAGUUCAAGAAUGUAUCUUUUCACUAUGAUUCGAGAAAACCUAUUUUGAAAAAUGUGUCUUUCUGUGUACCACCUGGUGAAACAUAUGCCUUGGUUGGUCAUUCCGGCAGUGGUAAGAGUACAAUUGUGCGCUUGCUUUUUCGUUUGUACGACGUCAUGGAGGGCUGCAUACUCAUAGAUGGCAAAGAUAUAUCUCAGGUACAACAGGAGAGUUUAAGGAAAAGCAUUGGAGUUGUCCCCCAAGAUAUCGUCAUGUUUAACAAUAACAUCAAAUACAAUAUCAGAUACGGCCGAGUGACCGCUACUGAUGAGGAGGUUGAGAAAGCAGCCGAGGCAGCGGACAUUCAUGACCGGAUACUCACGUUUCCUCAAAAGUAUGAAACACUUGUGGGCGAACGGGGCCUUAAAUUGAGUGGAGGAGAAAAACAACGUGUAGCGAUUGCUAGAACCCUUCUCAAAUCUCCAGCAGUUGUACUUCUUGAUGAGGCAACGUCUGCUUUGGACACUAAGACGGAAAGGAACAUUCAAAGUUCACUGCUUCGUGUAUGUGAGGGUCGCACAACAUUGGUGGUAGCCCAUCGUCUAUCAACAAUCAUCCACGCACACCAGAUCCUCGUGAUGGAAGAAGGGACGGUGGUUGAAAGGGGCAGUCACAUGGAACUAUUGGAUCUUGGUGGUAUCUAUGCUGACAUGUGGCAACAGCAGCUUACAUCAAAGGAGACCGCUCUAGACCCUGAAACGACUGACCAAUAACAGUCCUCGCGACCAAGGACAUCACUUAUGGCAAGCCUUCGGUGUGGCAUUAUCUGUUGUAACUGUAGAUUGUGUUUCGUUAAGUUAUCGCAGUUUUGUUCUUGUUAUUACUUAAUUUAAUUAACUGAAAUACUACGUACUUUGAAUACUUUGAGUACUUUGAGUGGAUCACUUUGUUAAUAGGGUGUAUAAGUGCAUGCGUAUUUGCGUAUGUACUGGGAAAAUACCAGACAUUACAUCUGGAAUAAGAUAUUGGAUAUGUAAGAUAAAUAUUG